CAACUGUUCGCGGCCGCAAGAACAGCCUACUGCGAAAUGAGCGAGGUCCAGUCGAAGGACCGCGUCAAGGACACCAGCCUGACGUCACCUGUCAAGACCUCAUUCCUCAUCGACGACAUCCUCUACCGUCGCAGGGGCGAUCAAGAGGUCGGGACUUUCGAGGUCAACGCCAGUGACCAGUGCAGAAGUGACAGAGUGUAUCAGUGCCCCAAGGUGGCUGAAAAGAGGUCGCUACCUAUGGAAAAACCAACUGGAUAUAAUUGUUUCCAAAGUGGGAUGAUGGCCGGGGGAAUGAUGCAGAAUUUCGUUCAGCCUGAAACCGGGUACAUCCAAGUUAUGGGGGCGCUGGGUGCCUACCUGGGACCCCCGUACAAAAAUAUGACCGACCCGUACUUCCUCAGUCAAGGCCUUCCGUUUCCUCACGCCCUGUUCGGAACGUCCAGCUCUGAAAUAUCACUGAAUGCUCUGAAACAUUGUCGCCGAAGAAAAGCACGGACAGUAUUUAGUGAUCUACAACUAACAGGGUUAGAGAAACGAUUUUCCGCGCAAAGGUACUUAUCAACACCUGAAAGGGUGGAGUUAGCCAGUGCAUUGAGUUUGAGUGAAACACAGGUAAAGACCUGGUUCCAAAACCGACGGAUGAAGGCCAAAAAACAGAUGAGGAAAGUGCAAGAAGAAAAGGGAAUUUCAAAUUCUUCGUCUACGUUAGGUGUUGGAAAAACGAAUGUAAGCAGUCCAGAAAAAAAUGGGGUAGGAUCGAAUCCACUACAGAAACCAGUAGAUGGUGGCAGCAGCAAAUUUUCAGUAGACACUAGUUCCGAUGCCAGUGAUUGUGAGAGUGAUAUAGACAUUGUUGGCGAUACAAAGUUGUGUUAUACUUACAAAGAAUGUUAACUGCAAAUGCAUUUUUAAGGUGGAAUAAUUCUGUAC